AUAUAGCGAGUGACAUUUUCACUUUACCCCAUCGAAUAUCGAUCGUCGUUAUAAGCGAGAACUUUAAUGCUGAAUUUCAGACGCGAACGGUUCGUCGUCGAACAUUAACCAUCAGCCACCGAUUAGAAUGUACAUCAGUGUAUGUGCGAUCACACGUGAUUAAUAAGCGCAGGACAAAGGCGUGAAAUAUAUAUACGACGUAUACGCAGCACACGCGUACAGUAGCAACAUCAGUGGUCGAUAGUCCUUGUUCGUGAUAUUAAGUUGUUCGUAUUGCAUCAACUUUUCGUGUUGUUCGUUCUGCCCUCUACCAACUUCUUUUUCUUUCUGAUACCCGAUCCAUAUCCUCUUCACUUUACGAAAAGUGCAAGUGGUGCAACUGCAAAAGAUAGACCUACCUACUGUUUCCGCGACACGAUGCCGGCAGCUACAAAUUCUAAGUUACUGCGAAAAUGCAACGUCAGAUUAGUAUCCGCGUGCAUGAUCGGUAUUGCGUUAUCGUAUUAUGCAUAUGUGGUAGAAACGAGGAAGGAACAGGAUGAUUCCUACGAGGCGAUGUGUGAUAUCUCGGAAAACAUCAGUUGCACCAAAGUGUUCAUGUCUGAAUACGGCAAAGGAUUUGGAUUAAUCCCUAAAAAUUAUUGGAUAAUUUAUCAACCAAAUUCCAUAUAUGGUUUGAUAUUCUAUGCUCUACUUGCAAUUUUAAGUACAAGUAAUAAUUACAACUAUUCCGCAAUUGUUGUUGUUCUAGGAAUAGUUUCUAAUAUUCUCUCAGUAUACUUGGCUUACAUAUUGUAUAAAUUUAAUGACGUCUGCAUAGUAUGCGUUAGCACGUACAUCGUUAACGCGGCAAUUAUGUUUUUUGCUAUUAAAAAGAUCCGCAAAUUAUCUACCAGUGAUACACGAGAAAAGAAAAGAAAAUAAAUUUUAAAAACUUAUUUUCUAAUUCUACGAAUAAUCAAGAAAAUAACGUGAUAAUAUUUAUGUAUUAUUCUUUUGAAAAAUUUAUGUUAGUAUAAAUGUAUAUGCAGAAUAUAUUCUCGAAUUCGUCAUAGA